AUGCUUGGCCUGCUGCUUUCUGUCGGGAGCCCCGAGGUGGCCCAGCUUGAGCUGAAGGUGGUGGAUGGGCCGCAAGUUGUGGUGGUGAACCCAGAGGUCCUCCUCUCUGAGACCAGGACUGGGGCCAAGACACAUGCAAGGGCCCAGAAGGAGGUCUUCGAUCAUAUCGGUGCUGCUUUCUGGGAGGCUGCGGAGCGUAAGGAGCCUCUGGGGAGCAUCGUGUUUGCCUCGCUUGUGCGCCGUGGACUGACAGAAGUUCCUAUCUCCUGGACGAAGCCAGACGGUUCGCAUCACUACUCAUUGCUGCGCCGCGUCCCGGAUCUCCUGGGGGGCAAGCUAGAUACAGCCUCCGAGCGCGCAUGCCGCGCACUGAGUACCCUGGUAAAUCCUGCAAAAGAGGCUUCCACUAACGAGGAGCCUCUACUUGAUAAGGCUGCCUUAACCUGGAGGGCCUGGCGUCAUCGUGAACGGAGGCUGCCCAGCGAUGAAGAUUGGCAGCAGACAAAGGAGUACGUGGAUGCCGUGAAGCACGGAGCCGAGGUCAUGCAAGAGCCUCAAAGCAUGCGGGAACUUGCGGCUUUGCACUUCCAGGGGCACACGGAGGCAAAACUGGUUCAGAACAAGACCCUGGCAGAAAGCUACUGGACACGAGCGGCCCGUGAAGGUGACGUCUGGUCUGCCUGGCACGCUGCCCUGAGCUACCUACGCGAUGACAAGGUUGAAGAGGCUGCGCCUUACAUCGAUAUGGUGGGCAACUCCUCUGCCGCACCUUUGGCUUUCAUGGCACUCCACUUCAAAUUUCGUUUGGGAAUUGGGCAGAGCAAAGAUCCUGCCCAAGCUGGGCAGUUCCUCAAGGCGGCUGCUGACUUUGGCAAUUCCAAUGCCCAGCUCAUCCUGGCACACUCCUACAUGGGUUACACGCAUGGCAACAUGGAUGGAAUAUACCCACCAGGUGGUCCAGACAAGGCCUUAGCCUUGGUCUACUACAAGGUCGCAGCUGCAAAUGGACGCCUCGUCCCCAAGCUCAAUGCAGGUCUGCUUAUUGCGCAGGGAGCAGAUCCCGCAAUCCCCGAGCGAAAUGCUCAGUGUGCUGUAGCAUAUCGUGAGCUUGCUGAGGUCAUCCAUGCAGCUCAUCCAAGUGCACACCUGCUGUUUGCCCAUGCGCGCAGGGCUUUCGUGCUAGGAGACACGCUGGGAGCUCGUCUGCGGUUCGCCCUGCUGAGUGAUGCUGGAUUCCUGAUGGCUCAUUUGAACUCCGCUUGGCUUUGGGACCAGGAUGCCCGCAGACAGGCAUCCUUCUGGGAUCGGUGGACGGCCCCAAGCCAGGGCACCUCCCCAGUCGCACUAGCCUACUACAUUCGAGCGGCCGCUGCAGGGCAUGUGCCAUCCAUGACAGAGGUGUCGAUGCGAUUGCUGAAAGAGGCUGACCGGGCCAACGAGCCCAGCUCGCGACAGCAUUUGCAGCAUUUGCAGCAUCUGCAGGCUGCGGCUUACCGGUGGACGGCUUUAGCUGCUGAGCGGGGAGACGGCCGCGCAACCUUCGACCAGGCCUACCUUCUUCAGUUUGGCAUCGGCACUCAACGGGACGAGCAAUUGGCGAACAAGCUCUAUGGCAAGCUGCUGGGAGGAGGCAGCGGCUGGCCCGCACGCGUAGCAGCACUGAGCUGGCUUGGGCUAACCGCAGCCCGCGGAUACUUUCUGAAAGCUUGGGAUGGCCUUCGGCCUUUGCUGGGUUCCUGGGCAUCCCUAACACUCCUGCAGUGGUGGCCUGGGUCUGCGCAGGUGCAGGGGGUUACCUCCCCAGACUCUGGCAGACAAGUGACCAGAACUUCUCAGGGACGGAAGACUUGCAGUGCGCAAGCUUCUGGCGGCUUGGAAGCAGAUUGUGGGGUAGUUGGUGUAUUGUGCCAGCCUGACGCUUUGUAG